AUGGGCAAGCCGCGAGUGCCAGCGCGCGCUCUCCCGAAGUGGCCACGACAGCGCAAUCGCACCUUCACCGGGUGUUGGACGUGUCGGUCGCGCAAAGUGAAAUGUUCAGAGGAGAAGCCCGUCUGUUCCGUCUGCCAACGCCUCGGCCUGGCCUGCGGCGGAUAUGGACCGAAACUGGUGUGGGUGGAAGACGACAACCUACCAUACAAGUCCGACGGUCGCAGGACGAUGCUGUGCGGUUCCACAUGGAAACCCUACGAAGUGCUCGACUCCGAGCUCGUGGACUUCCUGAUCGAUCAUUGCGACGAAGAGGCGAGCAGUGGUUAUAAAUCCUCUCGCGGCUUUCAGGUCUCAUCGAGGACAGUCCCCGUGGAGGUGAACCCCUUCACUGUGUUCAGGGUGGGCGACAUCCAUACGUAUCGCCCAAGCUCAGGUCGACAAACCCCGUCGUCGUCGCCGUCACAGUCCCGGUCACCCUUGCUGUCGCUGUCGCCGUCGCCGAAUAACUUGAUCUAUGACUUUGACCGAAGUGCAGCAGAAAAGCAUCUAUUCCACCACUACGUCAACCAUGUGGCCUUGCUCAUGAUGCCCUUCGAGCAUUCUCGCAAUCCCUGGAGGUUGUCUUAUCCCGCAGUGGCUCUGCAUCGCUCAUCACCGGGUCAGAGAGCUCUGUACAAUGCGCUGCUUGCCCAUUCAGCCUUCCAUCUCUCGCAACUGUCGGUCAACAAGCAGCCCAUGUCAGUGCUGGCGGUGAAACACUACAACCGAACAAUCCGUCUUCUAAUGGAGAGCAUUGGUCACCGCGACAGCCAUUAUGCCGAGACAGUGGCCGCCAUCAUGACACUUUUGAUGGCUGAGACAUAUAGUGGGCAAUCACGAAGAUGGAGGCAUCACUUGAACGGGGCAUGGUCACUCCUCCAGCAAACCCAGACCCAGGGCCUGAAGCCCUGGCUAGAAUCCGACUUUGCCUGCUUCUCUACCCAAAGUCUCUACAUAAUCAGAGUUAUCGACCGAACUGCAACAACAGUCUCCGAUGGGUUAGACGAGCCGUUGUCAAGUGUUGAUUGCGAGGACAUAUUCAAUCGCCCCUCCACUCAAGAAACGUCAUUUUCGUCAGCCAUUAGAGCAACGCCGGGAUUCGGCUUCACCAUCGGGGCCACCAAGAGCAUCAUCGAGGCGAUAUCCAAGAUAACCCUGGCUGCGCACCAACUCCAAAGGCAGCAUGCAGGUGUAUCGCUGGACGUCGAUUUGAUGAGCAUUCUAUCUAAUCUGCGCGAUACCGAGAGAAUGCUCGAGACAGAAAGUCAGGACCUUGAUAUUCUUCUUCCCAUGAAAGACGGCCCUGUUCAGCAAGCGCAUGUAUACCACCAGCUCAAAGCCUUUAUCCACGCAGCACACAUCUACCUAUACCGUGUGAUCUUCGAUCUACCGCCGCGAAAUCUGCAGUGGCACAUCAGCCAGGCCUUGCAGCAUGCGUCUGCCUUCUCAGGCAGCGACCGCCUCGGGAAGACCAAUGAUAACUUUUCGCUGUGGCCGGCUUUCAUUGCCGCGGUGGAGGCGUAUAGUGAUGAAGACAUGCUGCUGGCGCGGUCCUGGCUGGACUAUGCUCUUUCAUUCGGACUCGGGAGUCGAUUGCUGAUCAAGAAGGUGGUCGAAGAGGUGUGGAUGAGGAGGAAAGACGUGGCUACCGAUUUGGCGGCAGAUCCCGGUGUGGUAUCCGUAGACUGGAGAGAAGUCAUGCGUGACUUGGACGUGGUUGUUCUAUUGAUAUAG